CUGAGACGCAGCGCCUCCUGCGCUAUUUAAACGCUCCGCCCGGGUGGUGUGUAAUAAAUCAGCCCCAUGCCUGUCCCGGCCGAGUCCGUCCUCCCCCCCGAUGGCCGCGGGAGCAGCAGCGCUACAGCAGCACGCGCGGGACAUCUGUAGAGGAAGCGCGAGCGCCGAGCCCGACACUGACCCGCGCGCAGGGGAGCGCGCCGCCUAUGUGAGCGCGUGCGUGUCGCCGUUGUACCGGGACAGCGGUUUCCUCCAGCUGUUGUUGCCGAGCGCGAGCUGGCGGCGCGGUCCGCUCUCGUGCGCGGCGUGUCUCGGCUCCGUGUCGGUCUGCCUCGCCCUGCUGCUCCACUUCGUGGACUGGGAUAAUAACAACAACAACAACAACAACACUAAUACUAACAGUAGCAGCAACGAUGAUGAUGAUGAUGAAGAGGAGGCCAGCUCCAGAUGUAGCACCGCUGGCUCGGGAUCUCCUCCUCUUCUCCUCCUCCUGAACGGAGGCGGUGUGCUGGAGCUCUCGUGGCAUCUGAUCGCCCUGCUGAGCGCGUUCUUCUGGGCCGGCCUGUACCGGAUCCGCUGCGGAGUGCUGGACCGGACCGUCGUGGUCCUGCUCAGCCUGUGUCACCUGGGAGAAGCGGCGGCGCAGGCGCUCCUGCAUGGCUCGGACGAGCAGCUGCACUCCCUGACGGCUAGCGCGGUGGUGCUCGGCUGCUUGGCAAGCGGGGCACUCAUGGUGAUGCGCCUGGGCCAGGGCAUCUCCCUCAUCGUCUUCAUCAGCAUCAUCCGAGCCGCCUCGCUCAUCUCCCUGCACAGGGUGCGCGCCAGCUGGAGACCCUACCUGGCCUACCUGCUGGGGGUUCUGGGGGUCCUGCUGGCGAGGUAUGCUGACAGGCUGCUCCCCAAUCAGACAAGUCAAGCGGAGGGCUGCACCCCCGUGACGGGCUCUAGAGAAGACCUGCUGGUGUUUAAAAGGCGCAGGAGAUCCAGCUCGGUGGUCUCAUCAGACAUGGCACAGCACGGGUUCGAGGCCAGCAGCAAGUCGCACAGGAGAACCUCCCUGCCAUGCAUCCGGAAAGACCAGUGCUCAGGCACCAGUGUGAUGGUGGACAUUGCAGUGAUGGGUGAAGCCCAUGGACUUAUCUCAGACCUUCUGGCUGACCCGUCACUGCCGCCAAACACUUGCAGCUCAUUGAGAGCUGUUAGUAAACUUCUCAAUACCCAACUCACCUUUCAGCCGCUGCACCAUCGGUCACGCAUCAACCCUCUGCUGGUUUCGGCAGAUGGAUACCCCUGCACUGACUUUGAGGAGGGUCUUGAGAAGAGUGAUAGACUGGCUAACACUAAGCGUUUGCGCCGCAGUUUGCCUUCGGGGCCUCUCCGGCGGGUUUCCUCUUCCUGGACAACUACCACCUCUGCCACAGGGCUUCCCACCAUUGAGCCGAGCCUGGUCAGGCGAGACCACAGUUCCACCGCCAAACCCGUUCAUGACAAUCCCUCCAGCAGGUCCAUGUCCGCUCCCCACAUCACCUCAGCCCCCAACUACCUCUACAACAAAGUCAGGCAAGUAGGUUACCAUUCCUUGGCCUCACCUUGCCACUCGCCUCCAGUCCAGGGAACCUCAGUGAACAGCCCCACCAAUAAGGUGCCCGCGAUGGACCUGCCUGAUUCGGGCUCCCUGCAGGGCAAUUACCUCUCACCAGGGAGCUCUCACCGAGCCUUCACCUGCAACUCUCCCAGUUCCAGAACCUCAGUCUGGACUCUACCGGUACUCUGUAGCAGUUGUGGAAGGCCAUAUAGCAAAGCGUGGCAUGGACAGGAUUCUCAAGACAAAGCUGACAAGAGACGGCUCUCAGAUGAUCCAGUCCUGGUGUCUUCUGACUGCGACAAUACCUAUGAAACCAAUCACAGUGACAGCAGUGACUUUGCACAGACUGAGGAGGAUGGAGAGGUUUGCAGACCGCCCUACAACAUGCAGGAGAUUUGCAGGACGUUGCAAGCAGAGACGCUUCUCUUGCAUCACUUACUACCACCAGAGAACAAACCCAUUAUAGCCCCUGAUCCACUGGUGAUGGAGGGCCUGGAGCCUCUCAUGAGUCAGAUCAACAACUGGAACUUCCCCAUAUUCAAGCUGGUGGAGAAAACAAAUGGGAAGUGCGGUUGCAUCCUAAGCCAGAUGUCUUACAGACUAUUUGAAGAUACUGGUCUCUUUAAAAUCUUCAAGAUCCCAGUAAAGAAGUUCAUGAAUUACUUCCAUGCCUUGGAGAAUGGUUACAGGGACAUCCCAUAUCACAAUAGGAUCCAUGCCACAGAUGUUCUCCAUGCUGUCUGGUAUCUAACCACACAGCCGGUGCCAGGCUUACCUUUGUUGGCUCACAACUCAGUCAGUGGUUCAGAUGCUGUCACUGGGAUCAGUCACCAUAAUAUGGAAUAUCUAUUCUCUAAGACCUACCCAACUAUGGAGGACAGCUAUGGCUGUCUUUCAGGGCUUAUACCUGCCUUGGAGCUGAUGGCACUGUACGUGGCAGCUGCCAUGCAUGACUACGACCACCCUGGCCGAACCAACGCCUUUCUGGUGGCCACCAGUGCUCCGCAGGCGGUGCUGUACAACGACCGCUCCGUUCUGGAGAAUCACCAUGCUGCCUCUGCUUGGAAUCUCUUCAUGUCUCACCCUGAUUACAACUUUCUGGCCAGUCUCGACCACGUGGAUUUCAAGCGCUUUCGCUUUUUGGUUAUCGAGGCCAUUCUGGCUACUGACCUGAAGAAGCACUUUGACUUUUUGGCCGAGUUCAAUGCUAAGGUUGGGGAUGAAGGUUGCUCAGGUAUCGACUGGUCCAAUGAGAAUGACCGGCUUCUGGUCUGCCAGAUGUGCAUCAAGCUGGCUGAUGUUAAUGGGCCACUGAAGCACAAAGAUCUUCACCUUCAGUGGACGGAGGGCAUCGUCAACGAGUUUUAUGAGCAGGGUGAUGAGGAGGCCAGUCUGGACUUGCCCAUCAGCCCGUUCAUGGACCGUUCAGCGCCGCAGCUAGCCAAGCUGCAGGAGUCUUUCAUCACACACAUCGUCGGGCCGCUCUGUAGCUCCUAUGACGCAGCUGCCCUCAUGCCCGGACGGUGGGUGGAGCCCCAGUCCAGCGAGGCUGACGAAGGAUCUGGUGUUGAGGAGACUGAUGAAGAAGAAGAGGAAGAAGAAGAAGAAGAAGAAGACACAACAGAGGAAGACGCCUCCACCAACUCGGAUCACUCUCAGAAACUGAUGCCCAAAAUGCGACAGAAGGUCUUCUGUCAGAUCACCCAGUACCUUUUGGAGAAUUAUGAAAUGUGGAAGAAGGUCAUCGCUGCGGAGGGCCAAAGCCAAACAAAGCCAAACAAAGCCUCUGAACCAAUCCUGGCCAUUCACGAAGAGGAGGAGGAGACACUAAACAAGGACAAGUCAACGGAAGACCAGGAGCACAGAGCAGAAGGAGGAGGAAAGACAUGGCCAGGAGUGGAGGAGCGGUACGAGGCAUCGAUAGACGAGGAAGAGACCGAAUGAAGGUCGGACACGUGAAAGUGAAAAUCGAGACACAAGCUGUAGUAAAAACUGAACUAUAGAAAAAGAUUUUUUUUCAAAUGCGAAAUGGGACGAGACGUCUGAGGAUCAGGAGAUAAUGUGAGAUGUAUCCAGACUAGAAUAUUGUCACAAUGCCUUUAUUUCCAAACAAGACUCCUGAUGAAUGGUUGCCAGCACAUCACUAAGACACAACACUGUAGAUUCUUUAGGUGAACAAGUUUCUGUGGGAAACAGGGUGGCGUCCGAGCGUCUUCAGACGGGCUUCGGUCGCUAAUCUGAUAAAAUGGCAUUUGUACAAUUUGUGCUGAAGUUUCAAGCCAACUUCCAUGACCGGGGUCUCAACGAUCUGCACUUUUUACUCGAUUCACUUCAGCGGGUGUUUUCAAAGGACCCUAGUAUUAGACAGGUUCAAGAAUGAAAUCUACGAUAGCUCAUAGCAAUGUGAUGGGGAAGUGCACACUCCUUACACACUCACACACACACACACACACACUCAUACACACACACUGUAAUCCAAAGGAAGGGAAAUUUGGGGAAAAUCCGGAAAUAGAAUGCACCUAAAAGUCCACAUGUCCGACACUACUUAUCUGAUCUUUAUUUUAUUAUUAUUAUUUUUUUAUUCUUUCUAGGUUAAAAUGAUCUGUCCUAUUUCUUUUUUUAAUUCUCCACUUGAUUUCCUGGGGACGUUUCCCCCCUCCACAGGUUCACCACCUGCCUGCAGACUGACUCCGCAGGUACACUAGUGAAUGUUCAAGUGGUUUUUUUUCCUUUCUAAUAUAAACUGUUACUUUUUUUGGGUUGCAUCAGCUUUAGAUUGUGACCUGACAUUCCUAUCCAGAUACAACAGCACUGUAAAUACUCUCUAACACUACAUCCUUUUGAGUUUUUAUUCUUUAAGUGCACAUUUGGGAAAAAAACAAAAAAAUAACAAAAACAAACAAAAAAACCCUCCUUAAUCUCCUUUUUCCUUUAGUUAGAAAAACGUUACAUACAGAGACACUACUUUGUAAACCUCCAGCUCUAUUCGAGUUCAUACCUGUGUGUUUUUUGUAUGAUAUGAUUCUUUAAUGAUGAAGUAUGCAAUACUUUGCGAAGUAAGUCAAUCCCACAUACUGUAGUUAGGACACAGCAUGUACAGUAUUCAGCCCUGGUACUCGAGCCUACAGCCUUCUGUGUCUGACCCACACGUUUAAGUAGCCAGUUAACUGCUGAAUCUUAGAUCUGUUGGUUGUUUCAUGCAUCUUGAGUAGCAAGUAUAUAUACAGUAUAUAUAUAUAUAUAUAUAUAAAUAUAUAAAUAUAUCUCCAUAUAGGGAUUAUACAUAUAGAACUGCAAAUGUAAAUGCACCCAAAGACCUGAUUUUUUGUUUGUUUGUUUGUUUGUUUGUUUUAUUUAGUCUCAAUUCUGGUUCUAAAAGUAAAAAAAACACAAACGUAACAUGCUCGGAGGCUAAAGAGCUCGCAGUCGUUAAAGUCAUGCACUCUCGCUAAACAAGGAAGGCCACUCAUACUCCAGCCCUGCCAUAGCUGCUAUGUCCUAGAGGCACUGUAGUCAUGCACACAGGCAUGUGAACUGCUAAGCGGCUAACCCUGUAGCUCAAAGGAGAACGCACACAGGAAUAAGACAUGGUGUAGCCAGACAUGUGAGAGAGAGAGAGAGAGAGAGAGAGAGAGAGAGCAGGUCCCUACAAACAGCUGCGUGCUGCCUUAGACACAGGGACGACGGGAGACGCAGACCGAUCAUGACUGCAGUUCAGGGAUAGAUAAUGCAGUCGGUUCUUUUGUACACGCGCCUGACGCUACUGUGCCAUAAUUUUAGAAGGGGUGCUAAUUCAAUUUGGUGAGAAGCGUAAAUUGGGGGUUUGUUUUUGCACCUGAGUUUAGUUUUUGAUUCCCCACUUCUGUUCGCAGCAUAAUGUACGCUUUCUUAUCAACAGCCAGCACGUCAAGCAAUACUGACACAUACUGUAGACUGAUGGUGGUCUUAUGAUUGCCAUCAUACUAUUAUUAGUAUUAUUAUUAUUAUUGUUAUGAAGUUGGGCAUAAUAUAUAUAUUCUAUUUUUCUCAGUGCAGCUGUUUGUGCCAAAUAUUAACUUUAAUAAACAACUGCGUUGUUGAAGCUUUUUAUGAAGAAUUAGAUUUGUGUACAUGAGGUGUGCUUUCUCUGUGUGUGAGUGCAUGUUGGUAUGAAAUCAAGUUAAUCUGGGAACAAAUCAACCGUUUUUAAUAGUACAAAAAAAAGGAAAAGAAAUAAAGAAAUCCCCCGAGGCCUUACUGACUGAGCAUUUAGAUACAAACAAAACUGAGGAGAUGACAAUUAUUCCACUGUGUAUGUCAUCGUUGUUGUUGUUGUUGUUGUUGUUGAAGACUUGCAUUUCUUACAAAAAAGUUCAUUUGACUAGUUUAUGCAAUUUACCUACAAACACAACCAAGCAUAAUGAUUCCAGUUGUAACCCACAUCUCAUGGAUGUGUACAGUGUAUGUUUUAUAAUAGCAUGCUUGAGUAGUGUACACUAGCUAGUUCACUAGGAGAGAAGAGGUCCAGGGACAAAAACCUGAUGGAGGAGGCUGUGGACCAAAGAGGAACACUGCUGUGAUGGGAAAGUUGUUUUGGAUUCUACAGUAGUCUGUUUCCACCCAGCAGUCGGGUUAGACGAGAGCCGUUCCAUGUGUGGUGAAGAGGAGCGUAAUGUUGGAGUCCCAGGUCCAUUAACACUGGAUCCACACCGAAUGACUUAUCAGGUCACAUCUCAGCAGUAUGGGACUGUGAGGUUCCCUGGGGGACUAUUGGCUAUCAUGUGGCACUCUCACCGUCCAGCGUAACACCUGUACCACUCCAGAUAUCUGGACCUGGUGAUCCACUGUGGCGUUCCACAUGCAGCCACAUGCAGAGUUCAAAACACCCGAACCUAUGUUAAAUGAUCUCCGCAGCACUUCAGCCAACACUGUUCCUCCUAUAAGAAUGAAGGUGAGCUAACUCAAAAAUGAGCGUAAGAUUGAACAAUCUGGUUGUUUUAAGCAGUUGGUCCUGUAGGUAGGGCACGGGUGAGGUGUUCAGCCAGGACGCAGGAACGCUCAUGUGUUGUGGAGAACCUCAGUGGCCAGGCUGUGGACUUCAUGUGGUGUCGGGAAAUGUAAUACAAUUGUUUUUGUUGUUCUUCUUUUAAACGAUGUAAACCUUAUGUAUAAAUGUACAUAAACAUAACAUGUACAUUAAUAAUCCUUUGGUAUUUACAAAAUAUUCUUCAGAGUAGAUGCAAAAACCCGCAAUAGAUUUUGUUAGAUGUACAAUUCUUAUCCCGAAUAAAAACUCGCACAUGGACAGGAUGCGCUAAAAUACUAAACCAUUAUACUGUGCUUGUCCAGUACGGGAUCUGCUGACUGUAAAGGAGAAAGAAAAAAGGAAGGACAACUGUGUGCUCAGUGAAUGUGUGUGUGUGUGUGUGUGUGUGUGUGUGUGUGUGUGUGUGUGUGUGUGUGUGUGUGUGUGUGUGUGUGUGUGCAGGCUUUAGUGAACAAUCAGAAUCAGACAUAUCUAUUUUUCUGCAGGAUAAAGGUGUUUGAAUACAUUAAAUCUGACCAAAUGUUUUCACCUGACCAUCACACCCAUAUGAGAACCUCCCCAAGUAAGAGUGUGUUGGAGCAGCAAGACUCGAGUGUCCUGCAGGG